UAACAGUUUGGAUCCACCCAUACAAAUAAUGGCAAUUCUACGUUGGUUUGGCCACUGGUUAAAUUGAUAUCUUCAUCCGCACUGAUUCUAAUCUAUAGCGGAUUUAAAUACAGGCAACAAGGGGUCAAAUUCCUAUAGAUUUACAGAUUUCAUUUUGAAGACAUAUAGUCUGAGAGAGAUUUUUGGCUUAAGCGCCAUAGUCAUAUCUCCUUUUUGCAAUCAUAAUUUGGAUUAAGUCCUAACAAAAAGGAUAACUGAGUUUUCGGAAUCAUAAAAAGUUAAGUCUCAAUAUCACUGCGAGCUACAAUAGUUCAAAUGACCUUGAACCAUUGUGCUAAUUAAUAAUGAGGAGUUAAGUCACUUGACCCAUUGCUUCUGUCGAGCGGUUUGGACAUAACCUGCAUACGCACUUUGACGCAUACUGAUUCAGCGGCGAUAAGAUUCCAAAAUACUAUUUUUAAGUGGUUUUAAAUUACCACAAAUAAUAUAACAAUGACAGGUAGAUCGUCCCGAAUACUUCGAAUGGCUCUAGGUCAAAUUCCAAUGACUUCGGAACAGAAUAAUACACAUUACUUAUUGUAUGUUUGAAAAUCAUGCUUACAUGUCUUCAAGAAUAUCCAACAAUUUCAAUAAUUAGGGAUUCAGAUCUUAGAUGCAGCAUUUCUAGUAUUUCCAGAAAGAUUAUCAAAAUAUUAUUUCAAACUUUUGGAUGUUCAGUGUCUAUUAAUUUCAGUGAAAAUAUUGAGCCACAGUUUAAAUAAAUCUAACGAUUAUGAGAUUCACUCCAAAAAUACCUGUGUUUUAGUUGAUGAAACAUACUAUGGUAAUAAUAUUGAACAGUAUUCUAUUAUGGAUGGUGAAGAAGUAACGAAAGACUGCUGUCCUACAAUAUUAAGGAAUGACGUAGAACUGCAAGACAAUUUAGUUCGUUUGGGUGAACCUCCAAAUACCUUAGCAAUGAUAAAUUCAAUAGGAAAAGACAAUAAUAUCCAAGGAGGUAUUGAUUACUGUCGGGAUAUUGCCGAUCUCCCUAUUGUGAUUCUUGAAAAUCCCUGCGAUUCUAAAAGUCUUCCCUUAGAUUGUAUCGAUAAACAAGACUUGGAAGGCAUUACUCUUGAUCAAGAUACUAAUACUGUUUAUCAAGACAAUCUGACACCCACGUUAGUACGAAUUAAGAACCAAAAGGGAAUGGAGAAAAACGAAAUGGAUGAGUCGUCUGACCUUAGUGACACUGCAUACGAUCCGAAUUAUGAAAAUGAAGAUUCUACGCCUGAAUCAGAUGAUAGUGAGGUCAAUCAGGGCGAAGAAGCUAAGGAAGCAUUGAGCGAAAAGGAAAAUCAUAAUACUAGUGAAGACAGGAAAGGGAGAAAAAGGGUGAGAAACGAAUCACAAUGGGCAGCAAACAAAAGGAAAAUGGCUCGGACUGCUGGUCAAGAAUAUACGUCCAGCAGAAAAACUAAAAUUCGUGCUCGAAAAUUGAAACCUUGUUGUAAGGAAACCUGUAAGUUAAAAUGCCAUGAGAUUUUCUCAAAUGGAGAACGACAAAAUAUUCUACAGUCUUUUUGGAAUGAGGAUGUCUAUUACGAUAGGAAAAUACAAUUUGUGGCAUCAUGUAUUGAGGAGACUCCUGUGCAACGGCACAGAAGCCGAACCGGAACACGAGAAGGAAAAAGAAGUGUUACUUACAUUUAUUCCUUAACCAGCAAAGGUUCAAAGAAACGGGUAUGCAAAAGAUUUUUUUUAAAUACUUUAGACAUAUCACAAAAUUUCGUGGAUCACGCUCUGCGUAAGACUUUACUAGGAGGUAUUAUUAAAAGUGAUUUAAGAAAAGGUCACAUACCACAAAAUAAAAUACCAGAUGAAAUAAGACAGGGUAUGCGAGACAUAAAUAGAUUCCCAUUUUAUGAAUCGCACUAUAGUAGAGAGAAAUCAACCCGAAAGUAUUUAGAAUGUGACUUGAAUAUAACCAGAAUGUAUCAGCUCUAUUAUGACGAAGCACUUGCAUCAAAUACUUUGCCUGCACAUAUUGGCAAGCUGUGGCUUUAUCGCGAUAUAUUUAACACAGAAUUUAAUCUGUCUUUUAAGAUGCCCUCAAAUGAUACAUGCGAUAAGUGCGAUUCUUUUACUGUAAAAUUAAAAGAUCAAGUAGAUCCCACUCAGCGUCAAGUUUUGCAAAGUGAUUACGAUAAACAUAUCGAGGACGCGCAACUUAGAUACAGCAUGAAGGCUGCUGACAAAGAAAGUGCGAAAAAUGCCAAAAACAGGAAAGUGAUCAUGAUUGAUCUGGAAAAAUGUUUGGCAACUCCUUUAUUGAAAAAUUCCCAAAGCUUUUAUUCUCUCAAGCUCUGGACCUUCAAUCUUACCAUUCAUGACUCAACAGUGAAUAAAACAUUUUGUAUGAUGUGGGAUGAGACGGUGGCUGGAAGUGGUGGGAACGAAGUCGCAUCUGCAGUUUUAAAAUGGUUAAAGGUUUCACAGUUGGAUCCCCAGAUAGAAGAAUUAACAAUUUGGUCAGACAACUGCCCAUCUCAGAAUAGAAAUUUGAUGAUGGUUAUGUGA